CGCCGCAGCCGGGGGACGCCGCGCGCCGCUGCCCAUCAUGGUCGCUGCGCACGCUGCCCAUUCUUCCUCCUCCGCCGAGUGGAUCGCCUGCCUGGAUAAAAGACCAUUAGAACGAUCCAGUGAAGAUGUGGAUAUAAUCUUCACACGGCUGAAAGAAGUUAAAGCUUUUGAGAAAUUUCACCCAAAUCUCCUUCAUCAGAUUUGUUUAUGUGGUUAUUAUGAGAAUCUGGAAAAAGGAAUAACACUAUUUCGCCAGGGUGAUAUUGGAACCAACUGGUAUGCUGUCCUGGCAGGGUCUUUGGAUGUUAAAGUUUCUGAGACCAGCAGUCACCAGGAUGCAGUGACCAUCUGCACUCUGGGAAUUGGGACAGCCUUUGGAGAGUCCAUUCUGGACAACACUCCCCGCCAUGCGACAGUUGUUACAAGGGAAAGCAGUGAACUUCUCCGCAUCCAGCAGAAGGACUUCAAGGCACUAUGGGAGAAGUAUCGACAGUACAUGGCAGGACUUCUGGCUCCUCCUUAUGGUGUUAUGGAAACAGGCUCUAACAAUGACAGGAUUCCUGACAAGGAGAACACACCUCUCAUUGAACCUCACGUUCCUCUUCGUCCUGCUAACACCAUUACCAAGGUUCCUUCAGAGAAGAUCCUCAGGGCUGGAAAAAUAUUACGAAAUGCCAUUCUCUCUCGAGCACCUCACAUGAUAAGAGAUAGAAAAUACCACCUAAAGACAUACAGACAAUGCUGCGUGGGGACCGAGCUGGUGGACUGGAUGCUGCAGCAGACUCCAUGCGUUCACUCCCGAAUUCAAGCCGUUGGCAUGUGGCAAGUCCUGGUAGAAGACGGUGUUCUCAACCACGUGGACCAGGAGCAUCAUUUCCAAGAUAAAUAUUUAUUUUAUCGAUUUCUGGACGAUGAGCACGAAGAUGCCCCUUUGCCUACAGAGGAGGAGAAAAAGGAGUGUGAUGAGGAGCUGCAGGACACCAUGCUGCUGCUGUCGCAGAUGGGCCCCGACGCUCACAUGAGGAUGAUCCUCCGCAAACCACCUGGCCAGAGGACCGUGGAUGACCUAGAAAUUAUCUAUGAAGAACUCCUUCACAUUAAAGCCUUAUCCCAUCUUUCUACCACGGUGAAACGGGAGUUAGCAGGUGUUCUCAUUUUCGAGUCUCACGCCAAAGGAGGAACCGUGUUGUUUAACCAGGGGGAAGAAGGCACCUCCUGGUACAUUAUUCUAAAAGGAUCAGUGAAUGUAGUCAUUUAUGGCAAGGGUGUGGUCUGCACGCUGCACGAAGGAGAUGACUUUGGCAAGUUAGCGCUAGUGAAUGAUGCCCCAAGAGCUGCCUCCAUCGUCUUGCGAGAAGAUAACUGCCAUUUCUUAAGAGUAGACAAGGAGGAUUUUAACCGGAUCCUGAGGGACGUUGAGGCGAAUACAGUCAGACUUAAAGAACAUGACCAAGAUGUCUUGGUGCUGGAGAAGGUCCCAGCAGGGAACAGGGCUUCUAAUCAAGGAAACUCACAGCCUCAGCAAAAGUAUACUGUGAUGUCAGGAACACCUGAAAAAAUUUUAGAGCAUUUUCUAGAAACGAUACGCCUUGAGCCAGCUUUAAAUGAAGCAACAGAUUCUAUUUUAAAUGACUUUGUUAUGAUGCACUGUGUUUUUAUGCCAAAUACCCAGCUUUGCCCAGCUCUGGUGGCCCAUUACCACGCACAGCCUUCACAAGGUACGGAACAAGAGAGAAUGGAUUAUGCCCUCAACAAUAAGAGGCGAGUCGUCCGCCUGGUUUUGCAGUGGGCCGCCAUGUAUGGAGACGUUCUGCAAGAGGAUGAUGUGGCAGUGGCUUUCCUGGAGGAGUUUUAUGUGUCUGUAUCAGAUGAUGCCCGGAUGAUUGCUGCCCUCAAGGAGCAACUGCCCGAGUUGGAGAAGAUUGUCAAGCAAAUUUCAGAAGAUGCAAAGGCUCCACAAAAGAAGCACAAAGUUCUUUUGCAGCAGUUCAACACGGGCGAUGAGAGAGCCCAGAAGCGCCAGCCUAUCCGUGGCUCUGAUGAAGUUCUGUUUAAAGUCUAUUGCAUGGACCACACCUACACAACCAUCCGGGUGCCGGUGGCUGCCUCGGUGAAGGAAGUCCUCAGCGCAGUUGCCGACAAACUAGGCUCUGGGGAAGGCCUGAUCAUCAUCAAGAUGAGUUCCGGAGGAGAAAAGGUGGUGCUCAAACCUAAUGAUGUUUCAGUAUUUACGACGCUCACUAUUAAUGGACGCCUGUUUGCUUGCCCGCGAGAGAAAUUCGAUUCACUGACUCCCUUGCCAGAGCAGGAGGGCCCAACUGUUGGAACAAUGGGAACUUUUGAAUUGAUGAGCUCCAAAGAUUUGGCAUACCAGAUGACAGUUUAUGAUUGGGACCUCUUCAGCUGUGUGCAUGAGCUGGAGCUAAUCUAUCACACAUUUGGAAGGCAUCAUUUUAAAAAGACCACAGCAAACUUGGAUUUGUUCCUCAGGAGGUUUAAUGAAAUUCAGUUUUGGGUUGUCACUGAGAUUUGCCUUUGCUCCCAGCCUAGCAAGCGUGUUCAGCUCUUAAAAAAAUUCAUUAAGAUCGCGGCCCACUGUAAGGAGUACAAGAAUCUGAAUUCCUUUUUUGCCAUCGUCAUGGGACUAAGCAAUGUUGCUGUGAGCCGCUUGGCACUAACAUGGGAGAAACUGCCAAGCAAGUUCAAGAAGUUCUAUGCGGAGUUUGAAAGUUUAAUGGAUCCCUCAAGAAACCACAGGGCCUACAGGCUGACGGUAGCCAAGCUGGACCCUCCUCUCAUCCCCUUCAUGCCUUUGCUCAUUAAAGAUAUGACAUUUACUCAUGAGGGAAACAAGACAUUCAUUGACAAUCUAGUAAACUUUGAAAAAAUGCGCAUGAUUGCAAAUACUGCCAGAACGGUGAGAUACUGCAGGAGCCAACCCUUCAAUCCUGAUGCAGCUCAGGCUAAUAAAAACCAUCAGGAUGUCCGGAGUUAUGUACGACAAUUAAAUGUGAUUGACAACCAGAGAACUUUAUCACAGAUGUCACACAGAUUAGAGCCUCGUCGACCAUAAACAUUUAAAGUGCUCAGAACAACGGUUUGCCUCCAGUCCACAAUCUUUCAAAAAUGCCAUUUAUGCUAGUACUGACUGUAUUGUCACUAGAGAAUUCUAUGAAACAAGCAAAAACCCAUCCUGAGACAUCUCAGUGCUGCAUUCAGCUUACCAG